AUGUCAGAAGAAUACAACUCUCCCCUGAACACACACGGCAUCAAGUGCUUCAACUCUGCCGGGGUGGGCGUAAAGCUCUCACCCCCUCUUGCACAUCUCCUCCGCAACUGUUCUCCCCCAAACGCCCGUCUGGUUGUGACGUCUGGACAGACCGGCAUGCUCGAAGACCUCAGUUACCCAUCCUCGCUGGUCGAACAGUUCGACCUUGCUUUUGCGAAUGUAGAGGCAUCCCUCGCAGCCGCGGGUGUGCAGGGCGGGUUCCGUGCUGUUUACUAG